AUGCCCUUGUUUUCUCUUGGUCUUUGUCAGAUUGCUGUUGGAGCUCAGCGUACGCUAACGGCCAAAAUGACAGAGCGUUUGCAUAUCCCAGGAAUUGUGUGUGACAAAGUUUGGAGGGGUGAUUGUUUAGGCGUGAACGUGUGCGACCCAGUGCCCUGUGUGCGUCGACCCAGUGUCCCAUGGCAGGGGCACGAACGCCCUGGCAUGCCUGCAAGAGCCGCCAAGUAUGCCUUGCUUGCAUCUGGGCUCGCUUUGUCCGAUUGGGCGAAUAUGCUCAAACUGUUUGUGCACAGUGUCGCUCAUCCGCGAAGGCUUGAUAUGUGGUAG